GUGUUCAAAUUCGAAUUCGCAUGCGAGUUCGACAGUAGCUGACACUGAGGGUUAGGGUUUCGUUCAUCGAUCUGCGUGCCAAUGGAUUCCCCCUCUUCCUCGCUGACAUUGAAUACUAGAGACGGAUCACCGUCCGCAGAGGGUCUUGCUAAGGAGGCUGCCGUGCUCUUUCAGAGUGGGAUGUUCGCGGACUGUUUGAGAGUUUUGAAUCAGUUACUGCAGAAGGAGGAUCAUCCAAAGGUGCGUCAUAAUAUUGCCAUUGCUGAGAGCUUACAAGGUGGAUGUUCAGAUCCUAGAAGGCUUAUUAAAGCACUGGAAAAAAUCAAGGAACAAAGUGAAGAACUUGCAUGUGCAUCUGGAGAACACUUAGAGGUUUCCAGCAACAAUGGAAGUGAACACACUUCCAGCAUCACGGGAAAUAGUGCUCCCCAACAUCCCAUUUCAUCUUUUGUGCACAGUUAUGAAUUUGAUACCUCAGUGGCAACUUACAACAUAGCAGUCAUCUGGUACCAUCUUCAUGAAUUUGCAAGAUCAUUCUCAUAUUUGGACACUUUGUAUCAGACCAUUGAACCUAUUCGUGAGGGGACAGCUUUGUGUAUAUGCCUUUUGCUGCUAGACGUCGCAUUACUUUCUCAUAAUGCAUCAAGAUCUGCCGAUGUGAUAAGCUACAUGGAGAAGGUUUAUGUUAGUAGUGUGGGCAAUCAAGUAGAUAAUGGAUCCUUGACGCACCAACAAUCUCUAUUAGUUUCAAAAUCUACAUCAUUUUCCAACAAUUCGACCCUUCAAGAUGGUUCUCACCCUGAUUCUACUUCAGAUAAUUCCUUAACUAGAACAUUAUCAGAGGAAGCACUUGAAGAUGAACAUUUGCAGUUACUAUCUUCUCUUGACAUAAGUGGACAGAAUCUUCAAAGACCUGGCAUUGUCUCUGCUAAUGAUCUUCAAAGAAUCCAACCAGAGGGUUUGAUAUCAACUGCUGAUUUAAAGCUUAAGUUACGUCUUUACAAGGUUCGCUUUCUGCUUCUCACCAGGAACCUGAAAGCAGCCAAGCGCGAGGUGAAGAUAGCUAUGAAUCUGAUUCGUGGCAAAGAUUAUCCCCUGGCUCUCUACCUAAAGUCACAACUUGAAUAUGUUUGUGGAAACCACCGCAAAGCAAUUAAGCUUUUGAUGGCAUCAACUAACAGCAUUGAGAUGGGAUUCUCUAGCAUGUACUACAAUGAUCUUGGCUGCAUCUGUUAUCGGCUUGGUAAGCAUCAUACAUCGGGAGUGUUUUUUUCCAAAGCCUUAAGUUAUAGCUCAGCUGCACGGAAAGAGAAGCCUCCAAAACUUCUAACUUUGUCUCAGGAUAAAUCCCUCCUGAUUAUGUAUAAUUGUGGUGUUCAAUCAUUAGCCCGUGGCAGACCCGUUCAUGCUGCUCGCUGCUUUCAAAAGGCCAGCCUUAUCUUUUAUAACAGACCUCUUCUAUGGUUAAGAAUUGCUGAGUGCUGUUUGAUGGCCCUAGAUAAGGGAUUAAUAAAAUCAUCCGCAGCAACUGCGAUUUCUGAGAUCGAAGCCAAUGUCAUUGGCAGGGGAAAAUGGAGACAGCUUGCUCUAAGAUAUGGUUCAUCCACUGGUCAGGGGAGAUAUGUUGGAAUGGACAGUUCAAUUACAUUUGAUGGAAAACAUCCCGAUCUCUCGAUGUCUCUUGCCCGGCAGUCCCUUGUAAAUGCUUUGUUCUUAUUAGACUCUUCGGACACAAAUUAUUUCAGGGCUGCCAAGGUCCCUGGUUCCGAGGAAAAUGAGUCGGGAGAAGCACCACUAUCCCCGAGUUCAAAUGUCAAGAAUGCCACUGGUGGUGAUCCCAAAGCACCUACUGUAGCUUCUAGCUCAAGUCCAGCUAAUGCCAAUAGUAAAGUAAAAGAACACACAGGUGGAAAAAAUCUGGGUGGCACAUUGGAUAACUCCAUUCCUGAUUAUGAACAUAUUCGCUUGAAGGAGAACCUGAUGAUAAGACAAGCUGUGCUUGCUGAUUUAGCAUUUGUAGAGUUGGCACUAGGAGAUCCCUCAAAAGCUCUUUCGACAGCAAGGUCCCUACUAAAACUUCCUGACUGCUCAAAGAUGUACAUAUUUUUAGGCACCAUGUAUGCUGCAGAGGCAUUAUGCCUGUUAAAUCGGCCAAAGGAAGCUGCUGAGCAUUUGGCGAUGUACAUGCCCGACGGUAACAAUAUUAAGCUUCCAUACUCCCAAGACGACUGUGAGAAGUGGACAGUGGAAAAAGUGGCUGACACUGAUGAGUCACAUGGUGGCACAAUAGGAGAUGAAUCCCUAGCGUUGGUGUUUUCAAGCCCCGAGGAAGCUAGGGGGCUGUUUUGUGCAAAUUUUGCUGCCCACUUUGCACUGCAGGGAGACUUUGAGCAGGCUGAACGAUUUCUAACCAACACGUUUUCUGAUAUACCAAAUAGUUCCCAAGCUAUUCUUACUGCUAUUUAUGUCGAUAUAAAGCGUGGUAAAACUCAAGAUGCUCUUGCCAAGUUGAGACAUCACAGAGGAAUCAGAUUUCAUAACUGACGUUGAACGGAAGCUGUUGAUUGGUUGUAUUUGUUUUUGAUUGGUUGUCGAAGCCCCCCGUCUUACUCCUCCUCCUCUCAGUUAAGUUAGCAGGUAGGUUUGACAAUCCUUGGAGAAAGGGAUUUGUAACAUAUAUAUAGUUCAAAUUCAGCAAAUAAGUAUUUUUUCCCUGUGUUCUCUAAGUUUAGGUAGCUUAAUUGGUGGAUGCAAAGAUCUAUUCUACCUGAUAAGAGUUGGAAGUUGUUGUUUUGAUUCAUAGUGAUGUGUGUUUAGAGGUA